AUGUCUGAAAUUACUCUUGGAAAAUACUUAUUUGAAAGAUUGAAGCAAGUUAAUGUUAACACCAUUUUUGGGCUACCAGGCGACUUCAACUUGUCCCUAUUGGACAAGAUUUACGAGGUAGAUGGAUUGAGAUGGGCUGGUAAUGCAAAUGAGCUGAACGCCGCCUAUGCCGCCGAUGGUUACGCACGCAUCAAGGGUUUAUCUGUGCUGGUAACUACUUUUGGCGUAGGUGAAUUAUCCGCCUUGAAUGGUAUUGCAGGAUCGUAUGCAGAACACGUCGGUGUACUGCAUGUUGUUGGUGUCCCCUCUAUCUCCGCUCAGGCUAAGCAAUUGUUGUUGCAUCAUACCUUGGGUAACGGUGAUUUUACCGUUUUUCACAGAAUGUCCGCCAAUAUCUCAGAAACUACAUCAAUGAUUACAGACAUUGCUACAGCCCCUUCAGAAAUCGAUAGGUUGAUCAGGACAACAUUUAUAACACAAAGGCCUAGCUACUUGGGGUUGCCAGCGAAUUUGGUAGAUCUAAAGGUUCCUGGUUCUCUUUUGGAAAAACCGAUUGAUCUAUCAUUAAAACCUAACGAUCCCGAAGCUGAAAAGGAAGUUAUUGAUACCGUACUAGAAUUGAUCCAGAAUUCGAAAAACCCUGUUAUACUAUCGGAUGCCUGUGCUUCUAGGCACAACGUUAAAAAAGAAACCCAGAAGUUAAUUGAUUUGACGCAAUUCCCAGCUUUUGUGACACCUCUAGGUAAAGGGUCAAUAGAUGAACAGCAUCCCAGAUAUGGCGGUGUUUAUGUGGGAACGCUGUCCAAACAAGACGUGAAACAGGCCGUUGAGUCGGCUGAUUUGAUCCUUUCGGUCGGUGCUUUGCUCUCUGAUUUUAACACAGGUUCGUUUUCCUACUCCUACAAGACUAAAAAUGUAGUGGAGUUUCAUUCCGAUUACGUAAAGGUGAAGAACGCUACGUUCCUCGGUGUACAAAUGAAAUUUGCACUACAAAACUUACUGAAGGUUAUUCCCGAUGUUGUUAAGGGCUACAAGAGCGUUCCCGUACCAACCAAAACUCCCGCAAACAAAGGUGUACCUGCUAGCACGCCCUUGAAACAAGAGUGGUUGUGGAACGAAUUGUCCAAAUUCUUGCAAGAAGGUGAUGUUAUCAUUUCCGAGACCGGCACGUCUGCCUUCGGUAUCAAUCAAACUAUCUUUCCUAAGGACGCCUACGGUAUCUCGCAGGUGUUGUGGGGGUCCAUCGGUUUUACAACAGGAGCAACUUUAGGUGCUGCCUUUGCCGCUGAGGAGAUUGACCCCAACAAGAGAGUCAUCUUAUUCAUAGGUGACGGGUCUUUGCAGUUAACCGUCCAAGAAAUCUCCACCAUGAUCAGAUGGGGGUUAAAGCCGUAUCUUUUUGUCCUUAACAACGACGGCUACACUAUCGAAAAGCUGAUUCAUGGGCCUCACGCAGAGUACAACGAAAUCCAGACCUGGGAUCACCUCGCCCUGUUGCCCGCAUUUGGUGCGAAAAAGUACGAAAAUCACAAGAUCGCCACUACGGGUGAGUGGGAUGCCUUAACCACUGAUUCAGAGUUCCAGAAAAACUCGGUGAUCAGACUAAUUGAACUGAAACUGCCCGUCUUUGAUGCUCCGGAAAGUUUGAUCAAACAAGCGCAAUUGACUGCCGCUACAAAUGCCAAACAAUAA